AUGGGUAUAUGCGCAUCAUGCCUGGGCGGCGGCCAACCACAGGAUCCUGUCGAGCAGGACGAGGUUGAGUCCGGGCCACUGCUCUUUAGCGUCCCCAACGGGAUGCACUACGGCAGCUUUGCGGAGCCACAGAUGGCACCGCACACUGACCCUGCACGCGCUCAGCGCGAGACUGAGGCCCUGCAGCGGGUCGUCGCCCGCACCUCGGACGGCAUGAUGGAUGUAUAUGACACAACAACACCCGGCGCCUACCCCCAGCAUCAACCAGCCGUCGCGCGAGACCGUCAGGCACAGUACCAGUUCCUGCUCACCAAGGUCAGCAGCAACGCCACCUGUGCCUCUGUCGGCAGCUCGCUUUCUACGGACGACGACGACGACGCGCCCUCGCCCGGGGAUUUCACACACAUCAGGGCCGAUGACAGGACAAGUCUGGUUGGCACCUUUAGGGAGGCUGCUGCGGCCAUGGCGUAA